AUGUCGGUUUCCGGUGACAGUUCCAAUGGUUCCCCUCGCACAUAUGAGCCCGUCGUCUCUCACGACUUCACUCGGGCUUCAUAUCACAGUGGUAUGGGUCCCAUUAAAGACCACACAGUGACACAGACAAAGGAAACCCGAAGCUCAGAGAGCAGCGGUGCAUCACUUAAGAGCCCUCGCACUGCCCGAUUCGCCGAGGCAACGACCAUCUACUCACCAGUCGAGCGUUCUGGUCCAAACCCAUUUGCCGGUCCCGAUAAGGUCUCGCAAGGUGUUGCCGAUACUGGAUUUGGCUAUGUAGCCGUGAACACCCCCGCAAGACCUACCGACGACUCAAUGCCCCCAAUGUCACCAUGGAGGGCCGACCUGAAGGUCCCCAAGUCCGCCAUGUCAUUGAACCCGCUCAGCCCAACCUUCCGCGAAGAAUAUUACCUCGAGAAGGGCGAGAAGCAUGCGGAGAAGGAGAAUGCUCGGGAUGUGAGAAUCAAGCUUCGUGUGCGCAUUGCCAAGAUCUUCCUGCGUUUCGUCAACUUUGGCUGCAGUCUGAUCGUCCUGGCCAUGCUGGGAUUGACCCUUCACACCUUUAUGGCAACAAAAGACCUCGCAGACCGUAAUACCGCUACAGUUUGGGCUCCCAACACCAACCCCUGGGCACAGUGGCUACUUCUUGGUUUGGCCUGCUUUUCUCUCCUUGCCUGUAUGGUCGUGUUCUGGGGCUACUUUAAAGGUGGUCACCACCGCGCCGAAAAGCUCACCAUCUAUUACACUACUAUCUCGGUCGUCUACUUCACUUUCAGCUUCAUCAUGUGGCUGGUUUGUGCUGCCAUCUACGAGCACUCCAAGUCUAGUGGAAACACCAAAGAUCUGUGGGGAUGGGCAUGUGCGAAGAAUACUCGCGAGCAAGUCUACUCGGAUGCCGUCGACUACGCUUUACUGUGCCGUUUGCAGGACUGGGGUCUCGUCUGUGCCGUCAUUGAAGUUGUCAUUGAACUCCUCGUAAUCCUCAUCUACGUCGUCGUCUUCUACCGUAUGUGGUCUAAGCGCCGUCUUAUGAAAUCUAUGAACAAGCGCGACCAGGCCCGUUCAGACAUGUACCUCGCCCAGUUGCACUGCCAAGCCGCUCCCAAUACCCCCGGCUUCCCAGGCUUCUCAUCAUAUCCACCCAAGUCCCCAUUCACAGGGGCCCAGGGCAUCGACCUUGAGAAGGGCGAGGGUGGUCCCCCACCCCAGAUUGCUACUGCUGCCCCAACUCAGUAUGCCGCACCACUGUCUCCAACCCGCCCAACACCGUCAUUCCAGCUCCAAGCUCCUCCUAUUCGGGUUCAGCAACCCACCCCUCGUGCUGCGCAGGAGGAAUUCGCUCCUCCUCCACAUGCCUCACACGCUCAAACACCAUCCCCUCCCCCGCAGCCUCAGGGACAUGUGUCAGCAGCCCCUGGCGAACAGAGCUUCGGCUCCGUCCCCAUUCCCGGUGCCUACUAA